GCGACAAUCGUCUUCUUUCAUCGUCGCAGGUGGCGUUGCAGCUCACGCGGCAUACAAUUGGGGUCGUGCCCACGAGCUCACGUGGUGCACGUUCUGCUGCAGCGUCGAACAGUCGGGCUUCUUCGCAGCACAGGAAAGGCGACGCUCCGAAGAUGUCCUGGCAGGCGUACGUGGACAACCAGAUCUGUGACCAGGUGCAGUGUACGGUUGCUGCUAUCGCCGGGCUGGCGGACGGCGCUAUCUGGGCCAAGUACGAGAAGGAUCCCAACACGGCGAAGGUGACGCAGCAGGAGCUGAAGACUAUUGCUGACACGAUGAAGUCGAAGCCAAGCACUUUCAACGAGAACGGCAUCUACAUAGGAGGGACCAAGUACGUCUGCUUGUCAGCCGAGAACACCCUGGUGCGGGGCCGCAAGGGCAGUUCCGCCUUCAUCGCUGUCGCAACCACCACUUGUCUGCUGGUUGCCGCUACCAUAGAUGGUUUCCCUCCCGGUCAGCUCAACGCGGUCGUCGAAAAGCUGGGCGACUACCUCAGGAGCAACGGCUACUAGAGAGCCAACAGCGGCGAAGGCGGCACCCACGAAGAAGCGUUCGUCUGUUCCUUGCGACUAAGCCUACCGAGCCCCGGCACACGCCUUCACCACCUGCCCCUAAGCCUACCGCGCCCCAGUAUCCGUCUUCACUCGCCCUAAGCCUACCGUGCCCGGCAUCCGCCUUCACCUUCGCUAAGCCUACCGUGCCCGGCAUCCGCCUUCACCUUCGCUAAGCCUACCGAGCCCUGGCAUCCGCCUUCACCUUCGCUAAGCCUACCGAGCCCCGGCAUCCGCCUUCACCUUCGCUAAGCCUACCGAGCCCCGGCAUCCGCCUUCAGACCCCUAAGCCUACCGCACACCGGCACCUCUUUCACCUUUCCUGAGCCUACCCUGCACCCGCUUCACGGACCCGCUAAGCCUACCACACCCUGGCACCCGUCUUGACCUGCCUUGAGCCUACCGAGCCCGGGCCUCCGCCUUCACCGACCCCUAACCCUACCGCGCCCCAGCACCUAUCUUCACUAUACCCAGAGCCUACCGAACCCAGGCAUCUGCCUUCAGACUCCUAAGCCUACCGCAGCCACCCUUCACCUACUGUAAGCCUGCCGAACCCUGGUACCCGCCUUCACUUACUUCCAAGCCUACCGCGACCCCGGUAACUGUCCUCACCGACCCCUUAGCCGGCCGCCGCCGCUGACGUAGCCACCGACUACGUCUUCUGCCCGUGGGACUGCAGCAUCUUUCUUGGUAUUUUCUCUACUUUAUUAUUCUGCCUCUUUUUCUUUUCCGGACUCGUACAGCUAUCCUCCCGAACACUCCUUUCCAAGGUCGAGGUGGCACGCGACAGCCAAGGAAUGAAGACGCUCGCGCUUCGCGCAUGGAACUGCCAACUUUUUUUUCUUAUCCGCCGCUUCUCUUCGCGUGGCACUUUCUAUUUUUUUCUUUAUCAGUUGACUUUCUGCUCUUGUUUUUAUCAGAGCUGCGAUAAUUGCGUGUUGGAAAACCGCAGCUAUUGAAGAGCAUGGAAGCGCUGUGUACCUGAAGUGUCCAUUGAAAUAAAUUUGUAUUCUCAUGU